AUGGGUAAACAUUCGCAUAAACGCAAGAUCGACACUACACCUCAAACAACAGGCGGUUUAGUGCUGUCUCAGGUGUUGUUUUCUAGCUUUGACUCAAUAGACGCGGAAUAUUUUGCCAUUGUAACUCAUGCUGUAGAUAGCAACCAACUUCGGAUAUUCGACGCACGUAAUAAUACCGUUAAGAAAAGUUAUACUUCUGAGAAUCAAGAGCGAUUUACCUGUAUGUCAUGGGGCCAAAUUCAACAGCCCAAAAGCGUAAACGGAAAUGCAACCGAUCCUCCGCCACGGAAGAAGUCGCGGUCUUCGUCACUGUCUCAAUUGCAUACCAAAGUCAUUUCACUGGGUUUGCAGGAUGGAUCGAUAUUGCUGUAUUCAGUCUCCGAAGGAACAGUUAUAAAACGAAUGAAAGGAUCACACAAGACCGCCGUGAACGAUUUCGUAUUCGACACGAGCGGAAAAUACGGAUAUUCUUGUGAUGAUUUGACAAUAAUUGAAUGGGACAUUGCAGAUGGGCGUGAGAUUAGCACCUGGAAAUCAGGCCUGAAGUCUACAAGGAGACUGGCAUUGUCAUAUGAUGGAAAAAGACUCUUGUCCGCUGGCUCUAAAAUUCAAAUGUGGGAUUUGAAAACAAAAAAAAUAAUAAGAACAUUCUCUGGACAUGAUAAAUAUAUUACAGAUCUCAUGUUCUCAGUAUCAGAUGACGUAUGUAUAUCUGCUGCUGAGAAUGAUCGAAUGAUAAAUGUAUGGGAUUGUAAGGGAGAGAGAGAAGGAGGAGAGUGUCUGUCUGUGCUUUCUCUGGAUGCAGAUAUACAUAACGUAUCUAUCUCGCCUUCUAGUACAGUACUCGCUGUAUCGGAAGAUGGAAUAUUAAAUAUAUUCGACAAUGUUGCAUCGUCUGCGCAUUCGUCUGCCGAGACACCUCCCAGAAAAAAAAAAAGGAAAAAUAUGAACAGGACUGCUAGUUGUGUCGUAAAGGUGUUGAACGAAAAAGAUAAUAGUUUAAUACCCAUUUUAGCCGCCAGUUCUAUGGAUGAAUCUAACAAUAAAAUGGCCAGCAAAGUAGUGAUCGUCAGAGGACAUCCGACAAAGCCGAUAAUUGAGACAGUACGUAUUGUUGACAAGCAGACCAGAUGUCUUAUUCCAGAAGUAAUACUAAAUAGAUUACAUCAACCCGUUAUUCCCAUGGAUGAGUCGAGUAUAGCUGCUAUGAACUUGAAAGCAACUCAUAAACAGUAUGAUGAAUCAAGAGUGAAGAUAUUAGAAAAUGUAAAUGCUGAAAGGCCAGAGUUUACAUUGAUCGAGAAAGAUGCAAGAACAGAUAAAGAUGAUGUAGCAAAACGACGCAAUAGUGAACAUGUGAGCGGAGAUGGAGGAAGAGCAAAGAUGCCGAAUGGGCGAAUCAACAGUUUCAGUAUGACGGUCCAUGAAACACCGACCGAUAAACUAAAAUUACCCAACGGAACACAUUCUGAACAGUCAGACAAUGACACGCCUUCAAAAGAGAAAUAUGUUAUGGCUAAUGCAGAUUCAUUGCAAACCAUAUUAAUUCAAGCACUGCACUCCAAUGACAGCGAGCUAUUCAAACUAUGUCUCGAACAUAAUAAUCGAGAUAUAAUACGGAAUACAGUGAUAAAACUACCCUCACAAUUUGUUGUUCAGUUUUUGGAGAAGAUUGUUGAAAGAUUUCAGACUAAUCCGAGUACAGGGUUAGAUUUAUUGGAGUGGAUUAGAGUUACAUUAACCAUUCAUAGUGCUUAUUUAAUGACAGUCCCGGAUCUAACACGAAAAUUGUCUAUUUUCUAUCAAGUAUUGGACAAACGUUUAUCGAUAUUUCCAAGAUUAUUAAAUUUCUAUGGACGCCUCGAUCUAGCAAUGCAGCAAAUUUCAUUACGAAGUUCGCUGCAUAGCGUCAUUGAAGACACUAGCGACGAAGUCGAUGAUAUAAUGUCUAGUGAAGUUGAUAUUUCAUUGGAAGAACAAGAGCGGUAUGAGAAUGAAAAAGAUAGCGAAGAGUCUUCAUCAUCUGACGAAUCUGUUGCCGGUUCCGCCUCAUCGUCCCCAUCAGAAGUUUUGUCACCGUCCUCCUCCUCAUCAUCAUCAUAA